CAGCGUUCAGUUUCGUUCCACAUCACAUCCGCUGAGCAACAGCACAGCAGAAGUCAAUUUGUGUGUUUUUGUAUUUCUGAGCACAGCAGUGCAGUAAACACUUUCAACAACUCCUACAUCUUUCCUACAUCGGCAUCGUUACUCUAAUGAAAUCUGGUGUCCCAAAGGGUGAGAACUGCCUUGUAGACAUGGACUCCAAGGCAGGGGAUCUCUUCAGCGCUGAGCCAGCUGACGCUGCUGGAUCCGGAGGUGUCAUGGGAAGCCUACCACUAAAGGAACUAGAUGGUUUACCACCCUGGCUUUCUGCCUUGCCUCACAGGCUGUGGCUGCCCAAAGGCCUCUCGCCCAGUGUGGCCAAGGAGUGGUUUGAUCGUCGCCGUGCGUCCAUCCGUCCCUGGGCUGGUUUCGUGGAUCACAGGAAGUUCACCAAGCCCCGCAACUUUGGUGAACUGUGCCAGAGGGUGGUGCGCAACUUUGACACCUACAACAGCAACUACACUUUCAUCUUCCUCGGCCUCAUCCUCUACUGCAUUAUCAGCUCUCCCAUGCUGCUGAUUGCUUUGGCAGUGUUUGUUGGUGCCUUCUACAUCAUCCACCUCAAGUCCCUGGAGUCUAAACUGGUCGUCUUUGGAAAAGAGGUGACCGGACCUCACCAAUUGGGUCUGGCUGGGGCGGUCUCUUUCCCUGUGUUCUGGUUGGCUGGUGCAGGAGCUGCAGUGUUUUGGGUCCUGGGCGCGACAAUGUUUGUGAUUGGCUCUCACGCUGCCUUCCGAGAGCUGGAGGGAGGAUCGGAAAUGGAGGAGCUCUUCAUGGAGCCUGUGUGAAGGCAUAGUGAUAGAAUCUGUAUAUCUGUGCCAUUAUAGCGUCUGUGACAGCAUUGGCAGCGCCAUUGAGGCUACAACCCAUAAGAAUCCCCACGCGGGUGACUACUUUAAAAUGGCAGAAGCACAGUGGAAGCCCUCAAUGGUACUGCCCAUGCUAAAGCAGCCUUUUGGCCACUAGAGGCCUCUUAUCUUUCUCUGUGUGAACCCUCAACACUCACCUUUGACCUUUAAAAAAAAAAUACAACACAGAAUGCACCUUGUCAUGCCUCUGAAGUGAUUUGCUGUUACUGACCCUCUACAACUCUGUAAAGACCCGAAUAGUACUCCAUUUAGAAGAAUAUGUUGAUUGACUGUCGUACGCACAAAGAGUGACUGAGACGUGGUUCGUGUACCUCAGCACACUUCAUACUGUAUGCCUACUUCAUACUGUCUUUUCCAAAUGUGGCUGAUACCUCUCAUUUUGUGUUUAAUAUCAAUCAGGCUUUUGUUUAUUUCCUCUACCUUCUGUUUUAAUGUUCCCUUGUGGAUAUCUAAUAAUUACAAAAUGUCCCUCGGUCAACUCAAGACCUGACAUGUUUACAAAGAGCUUUAACAUCGCCACAGUAAUCAUUCAGAUUGGUUUUUAAAAAUCCUAUAGAGCUGAUGUUGAAUAAGACCUCAGUGAGCACCAUUAAACUGAAUGAGGGAAGUAACGUCAAAUCGCCACCGCUUCUCUGACUAUGGAAGAAGUGCCAUUUGCAGCUCUACAAUGUAUUAAUCCAACUAGAAGGAAUGGUUCUUUGAGACAAAUUGCGUUUUCUUUAAAGCAAUGCUUAGUGGAUAUUCCAGAUACCUAAUGGUGAUCAAGCAUUAUGUUUAAAUCAGAUUUUGUAUUGUACCUACUGCAUCUACUUUUAGUCGUGUGCAGGCAUGUGGUGCAGUGUUGAUGGGUAACUUUUCAUAAUUUUUCUUUUCAUAUUUUUAGCUCUACUUUAUGGCUUUGACAUUUAAAGAUCAAUAUAUUAUUUUUUUUUAAUAUAGAUUUCAUACUUGUCAUACUAUCUUUUUGCUAUUUUUUUGUAUUUUUAAUGACAAUUGGGAAGUGCAAUAAACUAUCCUACCUAAGAUAUUGUGAGUGUGUGAGGAAGUCCAUGCAUGAAUUCUGAAAUAUUUGCGUCCCUUUUGCGCAUAAUAUUUAUUUGUGGUGAUUUAAAACAUUACAUUAAAAGGUAUUAAAGGUU